AAACCUCCUUUAGGCUUGAAAAUAUAACUUCUCCCUCCACUUCUCCUCUUCCUUCUUCCUAAUCUUAAUUCUGUCAUUCAACUCCUUCCAAAAAAAAACCACACAUAAAUUUACUUGAACAAAAAAACUGCAUUUCAAUUUUCAUUAUGGUGAUACCUUCACUUCAACCAUCCUCUUCCAUUAAAUCCACAAAUAACACCAUCAAAUUCCUUUGUAGUUAUGGCGGCAAAAUCAUCCCCCGUCAUCCCGACGGUAAACUCCGCUACCAUGGCGGCCAUACUCGUGUCCUCGCUCUCCAUCGCCACAUCUCUUUCUCCGAAUUGAUGGUAAAAAUGGGAGAAGUAUGCGGUACAUCAGUGUCUCUAAAAUGUCAACUACCAACUGAAGAUCUCGACGCUUUAAUUACAAUCAAAUCUGAGGAAGAUCUCGCUAAUUUAAUCGAAGAAUACGAUCGUGUAGAUUCAUCAUCUUCCAUGAAAGUAAGAGCAUUCCUUAUGCCAUUACGAUCAUCGAAAACACCAACGAGUCUCUCACCUCCACAAUCGCUAAAAUCAUUGUCGCCGAAAUCUUUGUCGCCGUCAUCUUCAUUCUCAGCUGCAGGAUCUUCGCCGAGAUUCGUGCCACCGGUGAUGGCGUAUCCGAUAUGUUACGCGAAAUCUAAUGGUGUUGGAAGAAAUUGUCAUAAUUGUUGUCGUAAUUCCAGCCAUAUUUACCUCAUUCACAACGGAAAUCAUUGGCAAUAAUGUUCAGUUUUAUUUGGAUGAUGAUGUGAUUGGUGAAGAUGAUGAAAUGACAAAGAACAAAGUUAUAGGAAUAUAAAAAGUUCUAUAGUAUACUUCCUCCGUUCUUUAAAAAUUGUGCAUCCUCUAUGUUGCAAUUAAUAUGAAACGUCGAAUAUACAUGUAAUGAUGUAGCGAAUAUGAUGCAAGGAACAAUAUAUUAUACUUAGAUGAUGAUGAUAAAUUGGUUUUGAUCCUGUGGUUGGCCAUUAAUGAGAAAUUAAAUUUCCAAGUUUGGAUUGAACUCAAUUCUCUAUCAACCAAGUAUGAAUAAUGGGGUUUAUGGAAAACAAUGGGAGUUCAUGCAAAUGUGCUGGAUAGAGGAUUUAGAUUGGACGUAUUUAUUGUGGGAGGAAGGGCAGAGGUGGUUGCUUAAACACCAAGUAUAUUUGAGGAUUUAUGUUGAUGACUCCAGAUUUUGAAUUCAGCGGGGACCUCGUGAGUUUCAUUCCAAAUAGACCCCAUCAACUAGUGUUUUCGUCGAGCCGGGGAGAAUUGCCCAAAGGUCCCAUUACAGCUGGUACAGAAUAAUAAAUUAAAUUUUGGUGGGGAGUGGCUCAACAUUUUUGGAGGAUUGGAAUUUCGAAUAAUAUUGUUCUUUUUUGCCACCCAAUGAAAUGAGAUAGUGUUGGUAGCGAUUUAAUGUGCAAUUGAGAAACAAGAGGAUGGAAAUGGGAAGAAGUGAUGGAUAAUUGGUAUAUAUAAUUAGCAUUAUCCUCUAAUGAUAUCUUGCAAAAAAGGGUAUUUGAGGUGAUCUUUGAUGGUUGCCCCACCUUGAUUGAUCCUUUUUGUUAAGCCCACGCAAGCAUGCAAAGACUUUUGGGUGUUCUUUUUCUCCUAUCUGGACAAGUUGUUAGCUGACCAGCUUGAGCUGUUGCAGUCAAAGCGGCUGGCAAGCUAUAUCAUUCGCGGAUGGAGUAUCCGUGGUGGUGCACAGACAGAGAUUUGUUCCUUGUUAUCUUCGGCAGUAGAUAGUGAAGAAAUGUGCAGAGGUCCCCUAUUUCUCCAAUUACUUUGAUAUCUAUGGAAGUAUGGAUAUGGAUGAAUUGAAACAUGAGGACAUAUCAGUUCAAAGAAAUCUUUGCAACAAACAAAUCCUUUCAGGGAGUCUUUCUUUAAGCUAAGAGGCUAACAAGAGGUUUCAGAAUGGUAAUAUCACCAUAAUGUAAUCAUUCUUGUCAGCAACUAGUGUGAUAUAUACAAGUGUGAGGCAAAGUAAAUCUCGUAUUGGUGACAAAUUCCUUAAGGUUGGUUCAUGUGUGUGUAGUGUUCCUGUGUGUAUGUCUGUGCUGGCACCUCUGUUGUUCAGGCGUAUAAAAUGAGUCUCCUUUUUAUUUUACAUAUGCUUGUUAUUAUUGUAAUUAUAUGCUGGCAUCUCUAGAUCUGUUUUUUAAGUCAAGGGACCUUUUUUGCAGUAAACAUGCUUAUUAUUGUAAUUAAGCCAUGGCAUCAUGAUGCAUCAAGAUGGAUAAUGAGAAGGGAAAGCCAAACCUUUUAGUUGUGUAAUUAGAAGUUUAGUUACGUAUUUACCCAACAGAAUGUCUCAUUCUUAUCCCUUUGUCUGAAUUGUGGUAAUAUCCUUUCUGAAAAAUUUUAAGCAAUUUUAAUUUGCUCAUGAUUAUGAUGCUUUUGUCUGUGUUAUAAGAUACUAGCCUAAUCGAGUGGCUUAUGUUUUGCUAGGUUGUUGGAGGAGAAAGGGGACAUCGAGGUGGUUAGUUGAACACCAUACAGAUCUUUAAAACGUGCAUAUCCAUCGUUCCAUAGUUUGAAGAAUUGUAUGGCAUCAUCAACAGCGACCUUCCCUGCUGGAGUUUUAUUCAGGAGGAAGAGAAAUCUACAACGAUUUGUGGUUCAAUAGAGUAUUCCAAACAAAAUGAGAGUGACCACUUGUGGAUUUCAGCAGUAUGAUGGGUAAUUUCGAAGGGGCCUGAAACUGUGGUGAAUAAAUGCUGUAACAUCCGUAUUAUUACCAGUCCAGAAUUUCUUAAAUCCAUACAUGGUAAUUAGUUAUUUGGUGAAACAUAUUUGUAGUACUUAUUCAAAGGAGAUGAACGAGAGGAUGGAAGAGAAUAAUGAUGGAUCAACAUUACAUCAUCUACAUUAUCUUCUGAGGAUAAUGAGGAAAAAGCAACAGAUAUGUGGUUAACGUUGGUGGUUUCCUCCAGCUUUGAUCCUUAUCUUGCUUACAUCAAUGAUUUUUGGCUGUUGUAUUUCUUUUCGGACAGAAUGUGAAACUGAUAUAAACAGCUUGGACAAUUUUUCACAUCAGAUGUAGCUUCAUCAGUACUAUGCAAUGUGAUCAGCUUGAGCUUUUGACGUCAAAUAUCACUUCAUCAGUAUUAUGAAUUGUAUUUGGUUCGCAUGAUAUGAUGUGACUGCGCCAUGGUAAGUCAAUAGUGUCGAAAAAGACGAUGUCAUUAUAUCCCAGUUCGGGUCGAUCAACUGGAGGCAGUCCAUUUAGUGGCAAAAGGAGUUCCAGGAAAUAGAUGAAACUGAUCUCAAGACUCAAAUUGAGUGUCCUUGAAAAAGGCUAUUAGUGAGCACUGAGCACCAUGGAAGCGCUCUUCAACGCCAUCCAAAUUUUGAAUCAAAUGUGUACAGCAAGAGAUUGAGGGGUAAAUCAUCUUGGGACCUUGGGUUGAUUGCACAAUUAAGUGUUCGUCUGGACGUAAAAGUAAAAUGAGUAGUAGAAGUUCAAAAAGUAGAAAUUUUGAUCUAUCAAAAUGUCGACAUGGAUACAGUAAGUAAAUGAAAUGCAGGUCUACUUUUUUC